AAUACAGUCUUCAAUCACAACCGAAGACCGCUGCCAGGUUGAAAUGGCAGGACCGCAGCCGCAAGUGGGAAUCGCAGGACCGCAGGUUCCAUUCCUGCUAUUUAUCGUCUUCUUUGUAAUAAGAGUAAAAAAUUAUUUAUUGAACGUUCUCUGACUAAAUAUUUAUUUCUACGAGCUUUCGGCUAUCAGUCUAUAGGCUUGGACGGGUGUAUACAAAUGAUUCUAUAAAGGACGCUAAGUACACCCAUCGAAGGCUAUAGACUGAUAGCCAAAAGCUCGUAGAAUGUUCAAUAAAUAAUGUUUCAACCUGGCUGCGCAUCCUCGAUUUUUUCAAGAGUAAAAAAGUAACGAACACGACUUGUUGACGUUGCCGCCGUAUUUGCCAAACUCUCUGAUUUUCUCACCACUUCCCCGCCCUUGCAAUGUAAUAUAGUUGAUUUAAAUUUUGAUUAGUAUAAAAGUGGUUCUGUUCAAGACAUCUAUAUAUUCAUAAUGUUGUCAAAAUAUAUAUCAGAACCCCAGUCCUCAGAUAUUCGUGCAAUUUAUUUGUGCAAUCAAUGAUACUAGAAAUGUAGUGUAUAUAUAGUGGUACGCUCCAAUAUUAAAUUCUGCAAACACUUGAACAUAUAGAUUUAAAAUGCUAAUCAGGAGUAAUUUAAUAACGACGUUGAACACAUAGAUAAAACAUUUUGCCAUGACAACCAUUAAGUUUUUGUAAAUAACACUAAUAAUAGUAUACUUUGCCUUGGCUAGUUCACAAACUAUUUCAGAAAUAUCAUGGUUUUUGGUUCUAAAGCAGUUGUGAAUACCGAGAAUUUUGUUGGUCAUGAUCAAAUUUGGUAAGGCUGCAGACUUUCACCAAAAUAGCAAUAGUGUGUUUGGUGGUUCUGAUAUAAGGGAAGUCUAGGAAUGUAUAUUGCGCUUCUGUUUACACUUACACGACUUGAAUGAAAUAUUCCAUAUGCUUGAGGGAAGCACAAUAUAAAUUUUUAAUAAAACUUUACUUUGUCGUUAAUAUAUAGAGAGUUGUCAACUUGAAUUCAUCACUCGUAUUCUUUACGCAACAGACAGCUCUACGAAUUUAGCACGCAGACUGCACAUGCUCUCGACUCACAAUGCAACAGAGUCAUAUCAUUGUGUUACAUACUCUUAAGAAAUGAAAAAUAUCGACAGAGUAAACUGUAGGCCUUCCUCAGAAUUUCACUGCUACUACUUUUGAGAGUCAUGGAACUUGCAGCAGAACUUGCUUUGUAAAAUGACCUUCAAAUUCUGAAUACGAACGGAGUGAUCCUCGGAGUCUCGCACGGUGCGUGAUCUCUAUAAUUGGCUGUGUUAUGUAUAGGUGUUUGUAUGUUUAUCUAGGAAAGAUCAUGUCACAAACGAAGCGACAGCGGCAAAGCAAUGGCCAGUCAAUUGGGGAUUUUUGAUCGGCCAAUAUAAGAAGGUAUUGUAGAGAAUUGAUUCCAUCUUGGCCAUUGUACAUAAUACCAUGGUGAUCAUGGCUUCAUUGAGACAUAAAAUCGCAUGCCUAUACUAUAUCCUCCUCGCAGCCCGCAAAUUCAGACUACGCGGUCAAUGCAAAAUCUAUGUCAGCGCGCAAGAACCAUGGGUUGCGUAACCAAGAGGGGCAAUGGGGGCAUGUGCCCCCUCCCACUUUCUUUAAAAGUGAGAAAAGUGCCCUUUUUUCUGGGCUGAAGUGCCCCAUUUAAAGAACGAAAAAAGUAUUUCUUGUAUGAACGCCCUCCUUUGCUGGAAAGAAAGUGCCCUUUUUGCAGUAGCAGAGACUCCAUAUUUUCAAAAAAUUUCGUUCAGCUCGUGAACGGCAUAAAAUCGUUUGAUUCUGCGAGUAUCCUCUAGUCUCAAAUGUUACUCAGUUCAACGUUUUCCCAAGUAACUGAUGAAAAUGAUUUCUGUCAAUAGCUGUGUAACGAAGACGACGAUGUGCCACAAGGAGCAGCAUCGGUAAGAGUGAAAGAAAGACGUGAGAAACUAAAACUUCCUCCAAUCAACAACGUGAAGCAACUUGGAGUGGGAACCUCUACAAGACCUUUCCCAAGAACCAGUAGUGGUGAAAUAGGUUGGCGUUCUACACAACCUCAAUGUCGGCUGGAGAGAUAUGGUCGUUAUACCAAGCCUGUGCCUGGUGUGUUGAAAUCUCUCAACUGGCCUCCUGAAUCUGUAGACUGAAACAGAAUAUGUUCAAUUUAUUACAUAUAGAUUAUAGGAAAUAAAAAACACAAACUGAAAGACUGAGAGAUUAGGAUACCACAAGCGUGCAAGCAAAUACAGAGAAUCAUUUAUAUUUUACAUAAAAGAGUUGAAUGAUCAUUAAAGUAAGAACUAGUGAACUAGAAAUAUCCAUACGGAUAUUUUAAAAAGCUAGUACAGUAUUUUUUUCGUUUUUUUUUUCAAAUACCGCAACAGCCUAGCCUGUGCCAUAGACCUUACUGUAAGACCUUAUUGCUCUUUUGCAAAAGCGUAUGAUCAGAAUUGUUUAUAAAACCUCAUAUGAUGCACACACAUAUCCCAUUUUUAACGAGCUCAGUUGAGAUUCUUCCAUUUAACAAAAUUUAUUUGUUUCAUUUAGGCUUGUUUAUGUAUCAGUUCCAUAAUUGUAUGUUACCGUCUAAUUUUGAUGAGUAUUUCACAUGUGUUAACCAAGUUCACAAUUAUAAUACGCGACAAUCGAAUUUGUAUUUCCUCCCAUUUUGUAGAACUAACCUGAGAAAAUUUGCUAUUAUUUACCAAGGUCCUAAAUUUUUUAACUCCCCCAAAAAUAUAUAUGAUGUUUCAUCCGUCUCCGGUUUUCGGAAAAAAACUUUAAAGAAUAUUUAUUUAGACUUUAAUUUUGUAUUAUUUAAACACACAAUCAAUGUAACAUAGUUUCUAUCUAUGCUUUGUCAAAAACCUGAUCCCAAUUUUUUGGUCUAUUUUUCCUUUUCAUCCAAAUUUUGUUUGUUCGUUUGUUUGUUUGAUUUACACAUUGUAUCUUGCUCGAUAUGUUUUUACAGCUAACACUAAAAUUUUGCUAUAUAUGUAUUACUGUAGUUUGAUCUAGGUGGCCCAAAUUUCAUAAGCCCUUAUGGUUUCUUUUGGGUUUCCUUGCCUUACAAAAUGUAAUUUUUUUUUCUCUUUGAUAUUGUAAACAUUUUUUUUUUUAUUGGCUAAAUAAAUUGACUUGACUUGGUCUGUGAGACAGAGUAGUUUAGUAGAUAAAACUGGAAAAUCUAAAGCAAUAAAUAUGUAAUUUCAGCAUCAGCAAACAUACAGAAUCAGCCUUUUUACCGUAAAACAUAGAACAUGUAAUGUUCUAACUGAAUUCGUAACUAUAAUACACGCUUCCGAAAAGUACGUCACUUUGGCUAUAGAGCCUCGUUUUCGUGUAUGUGACAUCAGUUAAAAGCCGCGUCUCAAUCACGAAAACGAGGCUUUAUAGCCAAAGUGACGUACUUUCCGGAAGCGUGUAUUGUAUGAAUGUGAUAAGUCACAUGCCUAGUUACUCCUUUGCUCCAGUCAGUUACAGAAGCAUAUAAUAGAAGAAAGGUAACUUUGUGUCUAUACUGUGUAUACGAGUUACUAGUUUACUCAUUUGGACAAUUGUAUAGCAGUUAUAGAGACUUUGUUCAUAACUUUGCUUCCGUAAGCUGCAUGUAACAAUAGUACCUAUGUAUAUGUGGGUUAUCUAGUGGGCAGACCAUUCGAUUUUUUGGAGGAGGGAGGCGGAGAGGGUAGAUUUUUAUGGAGCCCGAUAAUUCUUUUUAACCUCCUUUAUAUUUUUUUGUGCGAUAUAUUUUUUUCAUUCUGGCCCCCUCCCCAGCGUCAAAAAAUCAAAUGGUCGUUCCCUAAAGAUGCCAAGUUUUCUGUUAUAAUUUCCAGUUUGUCCCUACAGUCCCUCAAAAUUAGUGAUAUUCUCUUUAAUCUCCCUAUGGCGUAGUUAUUGUCAACCCCUUUGCCAUUUCUCUAUCUACUUUCUUCCCAUUUUGAAAUGUGAUUCACAGUGUUUACAUCAUCAAUUAUCUCUAAAAUCGUAAGAAUGCUGCAUCUCAUUUACAUUUCACUGAAUAUAAUUUCAUCAAAUUGAUUAUUUUUCUUGGUUUCAAAAUUCACAGUAAUACCACUUGUUUCUACUGUCUUUCUCACACGCGAUUCCCAGAAAGAGUAAUGACGGCCUGUUAUGGAGGCUUUCAGAUGAACAGGGACAUUAGCUUCAACCUUUAUUGGCACGGGUAACAUGACAUCAAACCCAGAUAUGCCACGAUUAUCCUGUUCUGAAUGAAAUUUCUUUUCAAUUAUCCAAGACCAAACCUCUAACUUCACGUUAUGUUCAUCCCCUUCGAUGCCUAGCAAGCGAACACCGUGAAAUUUCACUGGCUUACUAAAUGAUAUACCUAGUGCGUUCUCCCAAGUGCUCACUGUGUUGCACAACAUAACUCCAUAGCUAUCAAAUCUGCAACAUCUUAGUAAGAUAUCUUCUUUUGCUCUUGUUUCUGACAUAUUCCAUACUUCGGACGUUCUUUCUACUCCGCUAAAUUUCUCAUAGAAUAAAACCAUUUCUUCUAGUGUAAGUAUGCCGGACUGGGAAACAUUCUGACCAAAAUCUUGAAGGGUCAUAGAAGCAAAACGAAUCUGAUAGAUAGCAUUUCCCAUGGUGGUUCGUUUGUUCUUUGCAUUUGCUUCUAUUGCCUUCCUUGAGCAUUCUGCUUCGCUCCAUUUUAAAACUGCUUUGAAAAGAUCAACCUCUUUGACGUUCAACGAAUCUCGCUUCAAUAUAUGCGCUAAUGUCGCUUCAUUAACACCAGUAAAUGCAUCAGAAGCGACAGCUUCGCUUGUUUUCAAAUCUAUCAGUUCCAAGCAUUUCUCCUCAAGCUUUUUUUCGUCAAAUUGAAGUGCUUGUUGCAAGACGGUGGAAACAUUUUCUACUGCGAGGUUGGCUUCAAGAAAUUCAACACAUUUCUGAGCGAGAAAGGGCACGAUAUACUUCUUGGCCAAGUACAAUACAAACACGGCAGUAUCUGUUGUCAAGUUACACUCGUCUGUGUAAAGAAAUUGUAGAAAUUCCUGCAGACUUUCCUCGUCAGUAUCGCUCAGAUGAACAACUGAAUUCUUCUCCGCCAGCUCGCCGUAAAACAUCGCAUAAAAUACAGCACUACUUGUGGCGAGGACAUAUUUAUGUGCGGAGAAUUUCUUGUCUGAGCCUUCACAACUGAACGCGACAUCGCUCAUGAACGAAUUAUUAAACAUAUGACGACUUCGUUCUAACACCGUCUUCUUCGUCGAUUGCCAAUCCACCUCUUGUUCAGAUCUUGCCAUUUUGCUUCACGUUGCGGCUUAGAAAACAAACUUAGUUGGUUUAUUUUAGUUGGUUUUUACACUGCAGUGUUUGCACAAGAAAGCGGAAGUAUUUGCAUAAAAUCGAAACUUGAAAUUCAAUCCUUAAUUAAGUUUUCUUGGAAGAUGGCAAUGACGCAUUUUCUGAAUGAGUAUAAAAACACACGUAUAGAAACGGGUGAUUCGUUAGUACAAACUUAGAAAAGGAAAGAUAUUUAAAGCACGCCUAGGAGUGUUUUAUUAUAUUUAGAAUCCGAGGGCAUUUUAAACAUGAUAAAACAUGACUACAACUGCUUUUAAAGGCUUAAAACAAGACUAGAACAGAUGCCGUCUCAUUUGUAAUUGUAAGGUCUGUGAAACUGGCUAGUACCAUUACAGACCAUUUGAUUUUUUUUUUUUUUUUGGGGGGGGGGUGUUAUAUUUCGUGAGCACAUAUAAAAAAUGUAUUGCUCGAUAUAUUUUUCAAAAAUCAAAUGGACGCACUUAAAGAUGCAAAGUUUUUUGUUAUAAUUGUUUCAGUUUGUCCCUACAGUCCUCAAAAUUAGUGAUAUUCUCUUUAAUCUCCCUAUGGCAUAGUUAUUGUCAACCCCUUCGCCAUUUCUCCAUCUACUUUCUCCCCAUUUUGAAAUGUGAUUAACAAUGUUUACACCAUCAAUUAUCUCAAAAAUCGUAAGAAUGCUGCAUCUCAUUUACAUUUCACUGAAGAUAAUUUCAUUAAAAUGAACGCUAUCCUUCUUGGUUUCAAAACUUACAGUAAUACCAUUUGUUUCUACGGUCUUUCUCACACGCGGUGCGUUCACAUAAGUCCAACAACGACCUGUUAUGAUGGCCGUCAGAUGAACAGGGACAUUCGCUCGAACCUUGAUUGGUACGGGUAACAUGACAUCAAACCCUGAUACACGACGAUUAUCCUGUUUUGAAUGAAAUUUCUUUUCAAUUAUCCAAGACCAAACCUCUAACUUCACGUUAUAUUCCUGCCGUUUCCAGCCAAGCAAGUGAACACCGUGGAUUUUCACUGGCUUACUAAAUGAUAUACCUAGUGCGUCCUCCAAAGUGCUCACUGUGCUCGACACAAAACUUUCUCCAUAGCUAUCAAAUCUGCAACAUCUUAGUAAGAUAUCUUCUUUUGCUCUUGUUUCUGACAUAUUCCAUACUUCGGACGUUCUUUCUACUCCGCUAAAUUUCUCAUAAAAUAAAACCAUUUCUUCUGGUGUAAGUAUGCCAGACUGGGAAACAUUCUGAGCAAAAUCUUGAAGGGUCAUAGAAGCAAAACGAAUCUGAUAGAUUGCAUUUCCCAUGGCGGCUCUUUUGUUCUUGGCAUUCGCUUCUAUUCCCUUCCUUGAGCAUUCUGCUUCGCUCCAUUUUAAAACUGCUUUGAAAAGAUCAACCUCUCUGACGGUCAACGAUUCUCGCUUCAAUAUAUGCGCUAACGUUGCUUCCUUAAUAUCAAUAAAUGCAUCACAAGCGACAGUUUUGCUUGUUUUCAAAUCUAUCAGUUCCAAGCAUUUAUUUUCAAGCUUUUUCUCGUUAAAUUGAAGUGCUUGUUGCAAGAUGGUGGAAACAUUUUCUACUGCGAUGUUGGCUUCAAGGAAUUCAACACAUUUCUGAGCGAGCGAGGGCACGAUAUACUUCUUGGCCAAGUACAACACGAACAUGGCAUUAUGUGUUGUCAAGUUACACUCGUCCGUGUAAAGAAAUCGUAGAAAUUCCUCCAGACUUUCCUCGUCCGUAUCGCUCAGAUGAACAACAGAAUUCUUCUCCGCCAGCUUGCCGUAAAACAUCGCAUAAAAUACAGCACUACUUGUGGCGAGGACAUAUUUAUGUGCGAAGAAUUUCUUCUCUGAGCCUUCACAAAUAUUGAACGCGAUAUCGCUCAUGAACGGAUUAUUAAACAUAUGACGACUUCGUUCUAACACCGUCUUCUUCGUCGAUUGCCAGUCCACCUCUUGUUGAGAUGUUGCCAUUUUGCUUCAGGUCGCUUAGAAAACAAACUUAGUUGGUUAAUUUAGUAUGAAGGGAGCAGAGCCGUUUGCACAAGAAAGCGGAAGUAUUUGCAUAAAAUCGAAACUUGAAAUUCAAUCCUUAAUUAAGUUUUCUUGGAAGAUGGCAAUGACGCAUUUUCUGAAUGAGUAUAAAAAUACAUGUAAAGACGGGCGAUUCGUUAGUAUGAACUUAGAAAAGCAAGGAAAGAUAUUUAAAGCACGCCUAUAGGAGUGUUUUAUCAUAUAUUUAGAAUGCGAGGGCAUUUUAAAAUUUAAAUGAUAAAACACGACUACAAGUGCUAUGAAUGGCUUAAAACACGACUAAAACAGAUGUCGUCUCAUUACGGUAGAUGAAACCGGACAAUCUGAAGCAAUAAAGAUCGAUGUAAUUUUAAAAUACUACAGCAAACAUUCAGAAUCAACCUCGGAAUCACUUACGGUUUUUUACAAAAACAUGGACUUCAUUUUAAUCUAACCCUAAUUUGACACUAAUCUAAACUUGAUGACCUUUUUUUUACUCAGAGCAGUCUGACUGCAGUAAUAUUGUCUCAGAGUUACUGCUGAGAAAGCCAAUCAGAAUGCUCAAAGACCAUUUUUCAAUACUGAAAUUAUACUUAAUAUUCAUAUUUUAAAAUUACGGUUACUAAAAAUGGAUGCGAGUUUUCUUAUUUUGACAUAAUAACUAUUGAAGAAAAUGGUCACCCCUAGGCUAAAGAUGCAAAGUUCCUGUUUUAUUUUUCAGUUUGCCCCUACAGUCCCUCAAAAUGAAUGAUAUUCUCUUUAAUCUCCCUAUGGCGUAGUUUUGUCAACCCCUUUGCCAUUUCUCCACCUACUUUCUUCCCAUUUUGCAUUGAAAUGUGAUUAACAGUGUUUACACCAUCGAUUAUCUCAAAAAUCGUGAAGAUGCUGCAUCUCAUUUUAAUAUUUCACUGAAGAUAAUUUCAUCAAAAUGACUAUUUUUCUUGGUUUCAAAAUUUACAGUAAUACCAUUUGUUUCUACUGUCUUUCUCACACGCGGCGCGUCCAGAUAAGUCCAACAACGAUCUGUUAUGGUGACUUUCAGAUGAACAGGAACAUCAGCUUGAACCUUGAUUGGUACGGGUAACAUGACAUUAAACCCAGAUAUGCCACGAUUAUCCUGUUCUGAAUUAAAUUCCUUUUCAAUUAUCCAAGACCAAACCUCUAACUUCACGUUAUAUUCAUCCCCUUCGGUGCCUAACAAGAGAACACCGUGGAUUUUCACUGGCUUACUAAACAAUAUACCUGGUGCGUCCUUACAAGUGCUCACUGUGGCCGAUAUAAUACGAAUUCCAUAGCUAUCAAAUCUGCAACAUCUUAGUAAGAUAUCUUCUUUUGCUCUUGUUUCUGACAUAUUCCAUACUUCGGACGUUCUUUCUACUCCGCUAAAUUUCUCAUAGAAUAAAACCAUUUCUUCUGGUGUAAGUAUACCUGACUGGGAAGCAUUCUGAGCAAAAUCUUGAAGGGUCAUUGAAGCAAAACGAAUUUGAUAGAUUGCAUUUCACAUGGCGGUUCGUUUGUUCUUUGCAUUUGCUUCUAUUCCCUUCCUUGAACAUUCUGCUUCGCUCCAUUUUAAAACUGCUUUGAAAAGAUCAACCUCUUUGACGGUCAACGAAUCUCGCUUCAAUAUAUGCGCUAAAGUCGCUUCAUUAAUAUCAGUAAAUGCAUCACAAGCGAUAGCUUCGCUUGUUUUCAAAUCUAUCAGUUCCAAGCAUUUCUUUUCAAGCUUUUUCUCGUUAAAUUGAAGUGCUUGUUGCAAGACGGUGGAAACAUUUUCUACUGCGAUGUUGGCUUCAAGGAAUUCAACACAUUUCUGAGCGAGCGAGGGCACGACAUACUUUUUGGUCAAGUACAACACGAACAUGGCAUUAUGUGUUGUCAAGUUACACUCGUCCGUGUAAAGAAAUCGUAGAAAUUCCUGCAGACUUUCGUCGUCCGUAUCGCUCAGAUGAACAACUGAAUUCUUCUCCGCCAACUUGCCGUAAAACAUCGCAUAAAAAACAGCACUACUUAUGCCGAGGACAUAUUUAUGUGCGAAGAAUUUCUUGUCUGAGCCUUCACAACUGAACGCGACAUCGCUCAUGAACGAAUUAUUGAACAUAUGACGACUUCGUUCUAACACUGUCUUCUUCGUCGAUUGCCAGUCCACCUCUUGUUGAGAUCUUGCCAUUUUGCUUCAGGUCACUUAGAAAACAAACUUAGUUGGUUUAUACUGGUCUGUAGUGUUUACAACAAG